AUGAGCCAAGCACCACCCCCACCUUAUUUCUAUCUUCCACAAAAUUUAAGACCCAAUUUACUCGGGAACCCCGAGUGGAUGAACAAGGGUGACAAUGCGUGGCAGCUCACGGCUGCCACAUUUGUCGGGUUACAAAGCGUGCCGGGGCUGAUCAUCUUGUACGGAGGGGCAGUGAAGAAAAAAUGGGCUGUAAAUUCAGCAUUCAUGGCAUUAUAUGCGUUUGCAUGUGUUUUAAUUUGUUGGGUUUGUUGGGGAUACCGCCUUUCUUUUGGUGACGAAUUGAUUCCAAUAUGGGGAAAAAUUAAUGUCGCGCUUGAACAGAAGUACUUGUUGGAACAAGCAUUUAUGGGAAAUUUCCCGAAUGCAACUAUGGUGUUUUUCCAGUUUGUCUUUGCUGCAAUCACCUUGAUUUUGAUUGCCGGUGCUCUUUUGGGAAGAAUGAAUUUUUACGCAUGGAUGAUGUUUGUUCCACUUUGGCUCACUUUUUCUUACACAAUUGGAGCUUAUUCGAUUUGGUCACCUAAAGGGUGGUUAGCGCUUGCUGGGAUGAUUGAUUAUUCCGGUGGUUAUGUUAUUCAUUUGUCUUCUGGAGUUGCUGGUUUCACAGCUGCUUAUUGGGUUGGUCCACGUACCACAAAAGAUAGACAAAAUUUCCCACCAAACAACAUAUUGUUAAUGUUAGCCGGUGCCGGUCUGCUGUGGAUGGGGUGGACCGGGUUCAAUGGUGGAGACCCUUAUGCUUCCAAUAUUGAUGCUUCUUUGGCUGUCUUGAACACCCAUGUUUGUACUGCAGCUAGCUCAUUGACGUGGCUUAUACUCGAUAUCGUCUUCUUCAGUAAACCCUCCAUAAUCGGAGUGAUUCAGGGCAUGAUCGCUGGCUUGGUUUGUAUCACUCCAGCUGCUGGUGUUGUUCAAGGAUGGGCAGCAAUAAUAAUGGGAAUCUGCUCAGGAGCGAUCCCUUGGUUCACUAUGAUGGUUGUGCACAAAAAAUCCAAGUUACUUCAAAAGGUUGAUGACACCAUGGCUGUCUUCCAUACACAUGCCAUUGCCGGGAGCCUGGGAGGAAUCCUCACCGGUCUAUUUGCUGAACCAAAUCUAUGCAACAUAUUUUAUGGAAAGUAUGGAAAUUACUUAGGCCUUUUCUAUGGCUUCCACACCGGCGAAUUUCGCCGUGGGUUCAGACAGAUAGGACUUCAACUUAUCGGAGUGUUAUUCGUUGGUGUGCUCAAUGUAAUCGUGACAAGUUUAAUCUGUCUCUUGGUGCAACUAAUUGUUCCACUUAGAUUAUCUGAGGAAGAUUUGAAAGUUGGCGACGAUGCUGUCCAUGGGGAAGAAGCAUAUGCAAUUUGGGGACAAGGUGAAAGGCUUGACGACCGGAAAGGUGUUAAAAAAUGGAUUGCGAAGUUAUGGGAGGAUCUGAGACGUUUUUAA